AUGGCGAAUGAAAAGGAUCCAUUGCCAAAAGAUAAACGAACUCCUGGUCCGCAAUCCAAUCCAUCAUCUUCACAAGAGAUACCGCUCAAGAGACGUAAAUUUCUUGGAGUCAGCCAUUCAGAGAUAGCUAGUUCAUUUUUCGCUCCACCCGAUUCAAAUGGAAAACGUACUUGCUUGAUGGACGACUGUGGCGAUGCGCUAGUGGCAAACAAGACGACUAAGACCAAUUUUGUGAACCACGUAGCUUGUAAGCACCCUGGUGAAUGGAAAGCUGCCCUGGAAGCUUCCGAAAAUGCCGAAGAUGGCAUUGAAACUCCCCUCAGUUCUAGUCCGGCCGCUUCUCAGUCCAUGCCGCCAACAUCUAAAGCCAAAGGACCCCUCCAACAGAUCAUGCUCAAGUCUUGA